CACACACAGUAUAACAAAAUGGUGUCUCGUGUAAGAGUUCGAGAACUUGUGAAAGCCGUGUCGAUUUCUGCUUCUUGCCGCUGUCCGGCCCAUGGAGGAAUUAACCAAAUUUAUCGUAAUAACCAUGAACAAAGUAAAGAAGAGAUUCCACAGACGGAUUAUGCCUUUGAAAUGGCGUGUUCAAGUGUACGGUAUGGACCAGGAGUCACAAAAGAAGUUGGAAUGGAUCUAAGUAAUUCUGGAGCAAGGAAUGUUUGUUUGAUUACAGAUGAAAACCUAGUAAAGCUUCCUCCCGUGAAAGCUGUGCUCGACUCACUCCAUAAGUAUCGAAUUAAUUAUAAGAUCUUUGAUAAGGUCCGGAUUGAACCAACUGAUUUAAGUUUUAGUGAAGCCAUAGAAUUUGCGAGGAGCAAUAGUUUUGAUGCUUUCCUUGCAGUUGGUGGUGGAUCUGUAAUUGACACGUGUAAAGCAGCCAAUUUAUACUCCUCCGAUCCUCGAGCGGAUUUCCUUGACUAUGUGUCAGCACCAAUUGGUAAAGGAAAACCUGUCACAUGUCUCCUCAAACCACUAAUAGCAGUGCCAACAACAGCAGGAACUGGAAGUGAAACUACAGGAGUGGCCAUUUUCGACUAUGUGCCUCUAAAGGCAAAACUAGGCAUAGCAAACAGAGCUUUGAGGCCUACCUUGGGAAUUAUCGACCCUCUCCAUGCUCUGCACAUGCCAGAACGUGUGGCGGCUUUCAGUGGGUUUGAUGUGUUAUGUCAUGCCUUAGAGUCCUACACUGCAAUCCCGUAUAACCAGCGAUCUCCUUGUCCGGUAAAUCCUAUUGAACGGCCAGCCUACCAAGGCAGCAAUCCUGUUAGUGACGUGUGGGCUCUCAAUGCCCUGAAAAUAAUCCAGCGAUAUUUCAAAAGAGCAGUAUACAAUAAAGAUGAUCUGGAGGCUCGAUCAUCCAUGCAUUUAGCAAGUACUUAUGCUGGGAUUGGAUUUGGUAAUGCUGGGGUACAUCUGUGGUUUAGACUAUGCUUAGUUCUGUUGUGUAAAAUACCUGAAGAUGUCACAUUAAUGCCUCAUGGCCUCUCAGUUGUAAUAACUGCUCCUGCAGUUUUCAGAUUCACUGGAGCCAUGUGUCCAGAACGUCACCUGGAGGCAGCUUCUUUAUUAGGGAGAGAUACUAGUAAUGAUCGGAAGGAGGAUGCUGGCGUUAUUCUUGCAGAUAUUCUUAAGCAAUUCAUGUCUGAGAUGGAGAUAGAAGAUGGUCUGAAAGAGGUUGGUUUUAGUGAAGAAGACAUCCCUGAACUAGUGAAGGGAACAUUACCUCAGCAUCGUGUUACCAGACUUGCUCCACGGCCCCAAAAUGAAGAGGACCUAGCUAAGUUGUUUGAAGAUUCAAUGUCUGUGUACUGACUUCUAACAGUAAAGACAGGACUUUGCCAAGCUGUUUGAAGAUCCAAUGUCUGUGUACCGAGUUCUAACAGUAAAGACUGAACUUGCUUCAUGACUCCAAACUGAAGAGAUUUGUCCAGUUGUUUGAAGAUUCAGUGUCCAUCUGCUGUAUUACCUAAUAAGCCUUAUAUUAGCCAUUUUAUCCCAGGCUUAAAUCUGUUAAAAGAUUCAUCAUCUUAUUGAUAGUUAGUUUCUGUUAUUAUGAGUAGUUCCUGACAAUGAUUUACACUUUUUUUUUGUUCAGAACGUUUGUUGUUGCUGCAUCAUUUUAAGAUCAACUGAAAUAAAAUUAUUAUUUUCCAAA